ACUAGCAUUUCCGUCCACACAAUGUUAAGGUCACACUCAGAAGCUGCAAAUUUCGAAUUUCGACGGUCGCAAUGAGUGGAGCUCUCGGAGAUGUGGUGUCCGAAUACCUGGAGCGCGGCCCAGUGCUCGUGGUGGCGGACCUCCUUAGCCUGAUAACGGUCUCGUCCUGCCUGGUGAUCAAGGUGCCGCAGAUAAACACGAUACGGGCGAGCGAGUCCUCGAAAGGCAUCAGUGUUUUGGGACUGUGCCUGGAGCUGUUCAGCUAUACGGUGAUGCUGUCGUACAACUACACCAGUGGCUACGACUUCCUCUCGUACAUGGAGUAUCCUGUUUUGCUGCUGCAGGAGUACGCACUGAUUUUCUAUGCCUUCAAGUACCAGGAUCUGCUGGGCAAGAGGACGCAAGUGGUGGCCAUACUGUAUAGUAUAGUGGCCACUCUCAUAUACCUGAAGCUCUUUCCCAUUAUCAUCCUUAAGUUCCUGGUGCCUUUCUGCACUCCCAUUGGGGCCACGAGUAAGGUGCUCCAGCUGCUGGCUAUUUUGAGGACCAAAGAUGCCAGCUCCGUCAGUAGAACCACAUGGGCACUCUCCGCCUUUACAAACUUGACUCGAAUCUACACGGUGUUCUUCCAAUCGCACGAUUGGAUGUUGCUAUCAAACUUCCUGAUUUCGACGUUCCUUAGCGCCUCCGUUUUCACCGCCGCUUGCGUCUACAAGAAGAAGGCCAAGGCGGAGUAAUUGGCCAGCCUGAUUAGAAGAGCUCAACAUAGACAAACACUGCGCUGGCUGGAAAUGCUUAUCAGUCAUUGUUUUAAUUCUAUUUGCUUAUCUGUUUAAAUUGAUAUUACAAAUUCUUGUUUGAA